AGAAGACUCAGCCUUUGGAUGCGUUGCAGGAGAAAGAUCGCCUGAUCCUUGAGUUGUCCAGCAACAACCUGAAGGCAUCCAAAUAUGACCAGGUAAGGUCAGACUAUGAGCAGCUCAGACACACCUACAGUGCUGUGAGUUAGGAGAGAGACAGCCCAACAGGAGAGGAAACGGCUCCAAGGCAAACUGGAGAACCUCGAGCAGGUCCUCAAGCAUAUGCGAGAGGCUGCUGAGAGGAGGCAGCAGUUGGAUGAAGAGCAUGAGCAGGCCCUGGCUGCCCUCACCACCAAGCAGCAGAAGAUCCACCUUCUGCAUAAGGCUCAGGUUGAAGCUGAGAGAGAGCAUGAGGGAGCGGUCCACCUGUUAGAGGCCAAGGUUCGCGACCUGGAGCAGAAAUGCAGGUCACAGACUAAACAGUUUGGCCAGUUGUCCAAGAGCCUGGAAGAUUUCAGUCUGGAGGCAGAUACUGUGGACAUCUUCAGCACUGAGCCUUUCUCCAAACAAAAAAUUCCCCUUUCCCUGGAAAAUAAACUCUCCCAAAUCCUCAACGGACUGGCAGUGCAGGCAGGGAAAGGCAAUGAGAGCUCGGCAAACACUCCACUGAUAUCGAAGUUCCUCCGCUCACUGCAGAUCGGAGACAGAGACAGGCCAGAGCUGCUAUCUGUCAAUCCCACCACCGUGACAACGAGCUGCCCCAGCAGCCCACAACGGGCGACCCUCUCAGAGAUGGAGGAUGAGGUCAGCCCUGCGCCCCGGUCCAAGCCUUGCUACACUGGCACGGUCCGUCUCUGCACCGCCCGCUACAGUUACAACCCUUACGAUGGGCCAAACGAGCACCCAGAGGCAGAGCUCCCCCUGGUGGCUGGGAAGUACCUAUACGUGUACGGCACCAUGGACGACGACGGUUUCUACCAAGGUGAGCUGCUGGACGGCCAGCGAGGGCUGGUCCCGUCCAACUUUGUGGAGUUUGUCCAAGACAAGGAGAAACCAUCCAUCCAACUAGGGGACGGAGAGGAGGACCUGGGCUCUCUGGACCAUAUCACCCUUGGCCUGAUGGGGGUGGAUGGAGGGGCCCCUCAGGAUGGGCUACUGGGUUCCAGCAACCCCCUGGGCCCCUGCAGCAACGGCACAGGGCCCCUGGACCCUGAGGAUCUGGUCGAUGACAUUGUGCCUUACCCCCGGAGGAUCACCCUGAUCAAGCAGUUGGCCCGUAGCGUCAUUGUGGCCUGGGAGCCCCCCAUGGUGCCCCUGGGAUGGGGAAAAAUCAGCUGCUACAACGUGCUGGUGGAUGGCGAGGUGCGUGCCAGCAUACCCUACGGCGACAGGACCAAGUCGUUGUUGGAGAAGCUGGAUCUGGACACGUAUACGCACCGCGUGUCCGUGCAGAGUGUGACAGACAGGGGCCUGUCGGAUGAGCUGCGCUGCACCCUGAUGGUGGGAGCCAACGUGGUGGUGGCACCGUAUGGACUGCGUGUGGACGACAUCCUGCGCGACUCAGCCGAGCUCUCAUGGUUGCCCAGCAACAGUAACUAUGGGCACACAGUGUUCCUGGACGGGGCAGAGCAUGCAGUGGUGAAGCCUGGGUGGUACAGGCUGCGCUUUGUUAACCUCAAGGCCAUGACGGUAUACAAGGUGAGGGUGGUGGCCCGGCCACACCAGGUGCCAUGGCAACUGCUCAUGGAACAGAGGGAGAAGAAGGAGGCUGCUGUGGAGUUCUGUACACAAGCUGCUGGCCCCCCAUUACCACCUCAGGAGGUGCAGGUGCAGUGUGGCCAGGCACCAGGGGUCCUGCAGGUGCGCUGGAAGCCCCCUAUCCUCUCAUCCAGUGGAACCUCCAAUGGAGCCUGCGUCAUCGGAUACGCAGUCUGCACUAAAGGACAAAAGAUAGCAGAGGUGUUGUACCCUCUGGCUGACUAUGUGACAGUGGAGCUGAACAGGAUCCAGUGUCUGGAGGCCAGGGAGGUCAUCGUCAGGACGUUAUCAGCACAGGGAGAGUCCCAGGACUCCCACGUUGCCCCCAUUCCAAACAACCUACUGUUGCCGCCUCCUCACCCUGCCCCUGUGCCCCCUCAGCAACCACACGCACCCCACCUCCAGUCACCUCACCUCCACCACCCCCAACUACCCCUGCCUCACCUCCAGCCUCCCUCACCCCUGCCUCACAGACAACCCUUCCCUAACCACAGUCCUCAAACCCAGCCACACCUCCAACCCCUGCCCCCUCAUCUUGUUCCCCAGCCUCACCGACAGCCUCAACCCGCUCACCCUGGUGGUCCUCCACAGCCCUUGCACCUCCAGUCUCAUCCUCCCCAUACAAUUUCCCAGCACCGCCUACCCCUGCUGCCCCACCCACCCCCCCAGCUCCACCAGAGACCAGUAAGUGCCAGAGACCUGGAAGCCAAAGAGCAGGUGGUCCAGCAUGGGGGCGUCCCAAGCCAGCCCUGGGACCCUACCCACUCCCCCUCCGCCCAGCCUCCUCCUGCCCCCAUGUACGGGCACACCCUGGAGGCGCCCCUUUCUGCCAACCACCGCUCGCCCUCUCCCCAAAGGAUCCUGCCACAGCCCAGGGGCACCCCCAUCCCAGACCAAAUGGCCAAAGCCAUCGCCCGCGAGGCAGCACAGAGGGUGGCUGCAGAGAGUGGCAGAAUGGAGAGGAGAGUCGUCUACAAUGAGCAGGGCCAGGCCUUCCACCAACAGAACUCAGACGAGGAAGAGGAGGAUGAGGAAGGGUAUGGUCACGGCCGCAGGAGAAGGGGGGCCUCAGUAGAUGAAUUCCUCAGAGGGUCCGAGCUGGGCAGGCCGGCCCACUACAGCCACAGUGAGGAGUACCACAGUGAUAGCAGCCGGGGCUCUGACCUUUCUGACAUCAUGGAAGAGGAUGAGGAGGAGCUCUACUCUGAAAUGCAGCUGGAGGAGGGACGACGACGCAACUCCCAUAAUGCACUCAAGACUGGGAACACCCCCUCUGGGGGGCGGCUGGAUCGGGAGACGGGGAGAAGAAUGCCUCGGGACGGCCCGCAGCCCCAGAGACACCCUCUUAUGGUGCCCUCCAUUGAGAUAACCACAGAGAGUAACAGUGAUGGGAACCUCUCCCCCGUCACGGAAGAUGUUUACUAUGGCAGUGUAGCACGGCACAGGACGUGGUCGUCCAGCCGACGCCCCACAGGCGCCAAGCCUUCCUAUAAUGAGGGAUACAGGGACAGGGAACGCCGCUCCCCUCCUAACUACGAUGAGUCAGAACCUGAAGAAUCAUUCCGGAUCUUUGUGGCUCUGUUUGACUACGACCCCCUGUCCAUGUCUCCCAACCCGGACGCAGCAGAUGAGGAACUGCCCUUUAAAGAGGGCCAGAUCAUCAGGGUAUAUGGUGAUAAGGACACUGAUGGUUUCUACCGAGGGGAGAUCAGGGGAGGCAGGAUGGGGCUCCUGCCCUGCAACAUGGUGUCAGAGAUCAGGGCUGAGGAUGAGGAGACCAUGGACCAGCUCAUCAAGCAGGGCUUCCUCCCACUCAACACACCAGUGGAUAAAGUUGGAAUAGGGCAGGACAGACGAGGCCUCUGCCAGCACCAGGCCACCAGGAGGAUGGUGGCCCUCUAUGAUUAUGACCCCAGAGAGAGCUCCCCCAACGUGGACGUGGAGGCUGAGUUGACUUUCUGUGCUGGUGACAUACUCGCUGUAUUUGGAGAGAUUGAUGAAGACGGGUUCUACUAUGGUGAAAUCAAUGGCCACCGUGGCCUCGUCCCCUCCAACUUUCUGGAAGAAGUGCCUGACGAUGUGGAGGUGUACCUGACGGACACUCCAUCCCGCUACGCCCAGGAUGAACAUGCCAACCGGGCCGAGGCUAAAAGGGUAACUACGGAUACCACAGAGAGCACGACCCCGCCUGUCCGAGCAGCAUCCCCCAUGGUGCGUCCCGUGUGUCCCCCAGGCACCAUGCGGCCCAUCAGCCCCACCAGGGGGCCCCAGGGACCUCCGAGACAACAAAAAGAAAAAGGACUGCUCUCCAAGGGGAAGAAACUGCUCAAGAGACUCUCUCCGGUUAAAUAA